UUCAUUCGACAACCAUGAGCCUUGUGAUGACUCUCUCUCGAUCUGCGGAUGUGCCGGAAUACAAACAACUCCACUACCAGUGGAGAACGACUUUUGUGUGUUUCUACAUUUGUGCUAGGCCUGUCGAAAAACUACCUGACCAAGCUAAAUCGUUCUAUCCUGAGAGGGGUGGUGAUGUUUGGAGCGGUGAAGGCGAUCUAUUUUGCUCUGGGAGGGAAUAAACUGAUCAUCAACAAAUAAUACAGUGUAUGCACUCCCAGGUCCGUGUAUUUACUUACUUCACUUUGACCUAUGAAGAUUAUCAAAGUUGUACAUAGAUGUUAUGUUACAAGACCUCAAAACGCACUCGGAACCCAUGAAGCCCUUGAAUCAACGGCAAGGGUUGUGAAGAAAUAGGACAAAGAAAUAUGUCCUACAGAGUCGCGAAACAACUUUCUCAAGUUUAGGUUGAAAUAUUGACCUUCAAUGCAGGUCCCAACAUCCCAACAAUGGCCUUGUUAUUGCGCUACCGCUCGCAAACCAUACAGCCUAACAAUGGGAUUGUGAAGCGCAAUGCACCCAAAGACCGAUGCGGUGUCACACCGGGGUACUGCGGGCAAAAUGAAUACACUAUCAUUUCAAGUGGGCACUCGCACGUUUGGCCGAAUCACAGCCUACGACAUUGUCGACUUGGCGGUUGUGGCGCAAUGGAAAACCCAUAAAUUAUGGAGUACCAAAACCUAUGUAAUCUGUAACAUUUCCUCUAGUUAUUGAUUCAGUCUUGGACUGAAGCCCCGAGUCCAUGGAGUGUGCAGAGGAGUAAGGGCACCCAUCGCACGUUGAAUAUCAUAACGAGCCGAUGCACCUGAAUAUCGAGAGGAAUUGCGGCACAGAAGUCCUCGCCCUGGAAUAUCUUCAUAUUGCAUGGCGGUGAGGAGCAAUUUUAGGGUAUGUUAUUGCCAGAUCGGGUUGGCCUUAGAAUGAUUUUGUAUCGAGACGAGCCGGGGAGCUGUAUAGUGUUAAGUUCAUAAGGUUGAUUGCGUGAUGAUCCGGGAAUUAUACAAGUGGACCCUGGGACUUAAAUCCGUGGAUAAUCGUUAGGUAUCUUCGAUUUUUCUUGAAACAGAUCUGACGAAAAGUAUACUAGGGAGAUUGUGCACCCAGUUUCCAAACCUGGCUGUCUAGGUAGGAUCGUUAAGAUCCACUAUGCCUAUGUCGCACGGGGUCAACUGUUUAGAACUUCAAAGAGCCCGUCGUGAUACCUAUAGGCUUCCCUGUGAAUCCUACCAUCGAUUGCAAGCGGAUUAAGUCCAUACCGUCCAGCUUGAAGUGGUCGACUUCACAAGCACUGAGGUCGACGAAUUUUCAGUGGACCCGCAUAGCACAGCCCAGCUCAACCAGGAGCUGACUGAUCCUCUGCUUCACGGCUGUCAGUGAAGUCAGUGUUGAUAAGGACAAGGUGAAGGAUGGACGCACUGAUUUUUGAAGAAAUUUUUGGAAGAAUCGAUCGUCAUGCAACAGAUAUCAAGCUCUCAAUACUGUGGCUAAGCGUUGAACGGAGCUAUGGAGAGCUACCUUUUUUUUUUUUUUUUUUUUUUUUCUUAGGCCAGCAGUUCUAAGCAUUACCAAAGGAACUUGGACGCCAAUGAAUAUCUGUCCUUCCCAGCAGGUAUGAGCAGCACAUUUGCUUUUGCAUGAGGCUAGAGCUGGUGUUAAAGAGAGAAGUAUAUGACUCAAGAAACAUCGUGAGAAACUGCCACUAAGGGCCGGGUAGCCUUGGUUGCAUUUGUCUCAGUGUGGGGUAUCUCAACACCAUUAUGGUUGGAUGUACGGAGUACCUAUGAAUUGACGUCUCCACGUCGCUUCAGACAUUGUGUUUUAAAGCUCUCGACUUUGGUGCUUCCUGUGUUGUUUGCUUUAUCUUGGAGAUUCCCCAUCACCAUGAACCAAGUGGUCCCUUUUUCCUGUUGCCAAUUCCACAGCCCUCUUUAAUUUUCGGAUAUAAAGAUCGACAGAGGGAAGACAACUUGUCCCGAUAGCAUGUGCAAAGUCUGAUGUCUAUUGCUGAGUGGUUACGAAAAGCAUAAGUCCCCGUCGUAUCAAAGCGAAACGUCAAAUGGGUUAUCACAAGGAGCAGGAAAAAGGAGCGGCAAACAUUUUCAAAAUAAUCAUAAGCUACGUCAGCUCAGACUGCUGCGUUCAAGCAAUCGGGCUGGCCUGGGGCUUCUCAGGAUUAUUCGAGGUUCACUA